CCCGCUGCGACUCGAUAGUGUCAUGUUUCUGGGGCCAGUGUGCCCAUGCAGCGCGUAGGAGGCCGGCCGGAGAGCCCUGGCUGCGCUCCCCUCCCUCCCCGCUCCUGCGCUGCAGGGCGCAGAGCUCGCGCGACGGCCGCGUUGCGGGAGGACCCCGGCACACCAGGCUGCCCUGCCCACAGCCCCCUGCACGGCAGAAGGCGCGGGCCGGUGUGGGGCACCAAACAGCGGCACCUCCCCCGCGGCCCGGCCCGGCUCAGCUCGGCCGGGGGAGAUCGCCGGUAUAUCCCCAGAACGCCCGCGGCGGCCGCUGCAGCUGCAGCCCCAAGCACCGCCCCUUCCCCCGCCAGGGGGUGUCACCACCUUCGAGGCAGAGCCCAGAAGGCGGGGUGGGGCGUACACACCUAUACGUUAUCUUCACUUUGCGAGUCGCGACUGAGUGACGUAACCGAGCGCGCCCGCCGCUGGUGGCUAGGGGUGGUGUUUGCUAUUGCUCGGAUUGAAGCUUCACAAUGCCCAGAUGUUGUUGUGGCACAGAUAGACCCCAAAAAGCUGAGAAAGAAGCAGACCGUGAAUAUUUCACUCUCAGGAUGCCAACCUGCCCCUGAAGGAUAUUCUCCAACUCUCAAAUGGCAGCAGCAACAAGUGGUCCACUUUUCAGCUGUUCGUCAGAGUCUGAACAAGCACAGAAACCACUGGAAGUCACAGAAUUUGGACAGCAAUGUUACAAUGCCAAAAUCAGAAGAUGAAGAAGGCUGGAAAAAGUUUUGUCUGGGUGAAAAAGCAUAUUCAGAAACAGUUACAGUAGCUGAUAAUGAAAAUCUAGGAAUUGAUUAUAUACAGAUGGGCUUUCCUCCUUUGCUAAGUAUUGUUAGCCGAAUGAAUCAAGCAACUGUAACUAGUGUCCUGGAAUAUCUGAUUAACUGGUUUGGGGAGAAAGAGUUUACUCCAGAGCUGGUAAUUUUAAUUUAUUCUGUCUACCUACACAUGAAUUUGAGAAAAUUAUGCGCUAUCAAAAUGAUACAAGGAGAAGGACGCACAAACCUCAUUGUACUUGCUAUUGCUAUUAAAGUAAUAUAAAUAUGUUUCAUGUGAGGGCAUUCUGUAUAUUGCUGCCAUCUUUUAGAUUAAAAUACUGCUGUAAUUCAUGAGUCACUCGGUCUUAAAAAUGAACAAAACUUUUUGGGAAAUGCCACCUAUUCUCAUUAUGUCUGCAAUUAUUUUUCCUAUGAGUUCUAUUAAAACAACUACUUGUAUUUCUUUCUAAUGAAUCUAUUCCUGAAACAACCUCAGACUCCAGUGUGUUUUGCAUCUUAUUUUCCAUAUAUGUACAUCAAUUGCACAUCCUGUGCCCUCCUUUUCAGUUCACACACACGUACUACAAAACAAAAUUGCAACUAUAGCCAGCAUACCCUUUCAUUUCUUUCCACUACAGCAAUGGGAAGAGCUGCACUGUUCAGGAUUGAAGCUCCUGUGUUACAGGUUCCUAUCACAUUCAAAAAUAGGACUUUUCAUUGACUGCAUAGUAAAAUGAAGGUUGCACAGCUUGAGACUUGGUUUCCUGUAGGGUUUUUUUUGUUUGUUUUAACAGGGCUUUGCGGGGGGGUUAGUUUGUGAGGGUUUUUCUGUUGGGGGUUUUUUUUGCAUAUUUCAGCUAUUUCCUCUAAUGUUUGCACAAUGCCUCAUUAGGCUUUGAAAUGAACUCCAAUGCUUUCUAGCCUUUCAUCCUCAAUCUUUCUAAAAAUAUAGAAGCUUUUGCCCAAAAUUAAGCCUGAAGAAUAUAACUAACUUUAAGAAAAAAAUUAAGUUUUGUAAAGGUAACUUUAACUAUAGAAAUUUGUAUCAAAUGAAUGCAGUAAACCUUGCUACUUGAUCUUUUAAUACUACUAUCAGGAUGAAAAUUAUUAGAAAUUUUGGAGUCCUCAGACUGAACAUGGUUCCCGGUUUUGUUUAUGGACACUUGUUGUAUUAGAACUGAUCAGUGAUGCAAUAGGAAGAUAGGAAUAAUUUAUUUGUUUUUAGAUUUAUUUCUGAGUAGAUGUUUUUCUCCAGAUGACUUAAUGAAAUUGAAAAGGUUUUCGCCAUUAGAUGCCCUCAGCCAAUCCUUGGAAAGGCCCCAUGAAACGUACUGAUUUCCGUAACAAUAGUGACUUGCCUCUAAAGUAUGUAGUAAAGGGCACUUAAUUGGAAUUAAAAGAAGUCUUUCUAAAAUCAUUUUCUAACCACUUUAGAAAAAAAAGAAAAAAAUUUUGAGCUGCAUUAACAAAAGUAUUGUAUGUAAUUUACAAGAGACAGUAAUGCCACUCUUCAACCCUGGUUAGGCCCCAUCUACAAUAUUAUGUCCUGUUCAGGGAACUGCAUUUUAGGAAACAUCUAGAAAAACUGUCAGAGUCAAAAAAUGAGUGGUGACGAUAAGGGGGUUGGAAUGCAAGCCAUUUAAGGAAAGACUGAUAUGUGGGUGAAUUAUAGACUGGAGAAAACAAGAUUACAGGGUGGCAUGAAACGUUUAAAAAUAUUUGAAAGGCUGCCAUGAAGAGGGCCUCUGUUCUGCCUGACUACAGAGGACAGGAUGUAAGGUAACAUGUAAAUUGUAGAAAAACAAAUUUAGGGAGAAAUCCUUAAGAGCAGUAGGACAAUGGAACAAACGGACAAUGGAACAAACUGACAACGGAAGUUAAGGAAUCUCCUUUAUUAGGUCUUAAGAAGUGGCCAGAUAGGGAUCUGUCUGGAAUGGUUAUAGGAAUAGCUUAUCCUGCAUUUUUUUGCAGGGGAUUGGGGACCCUCAGUGUCCCCUCCCUGUGUGGAUGUUAUUUCAUAAUGCGUACGACUUGUGCAUGAGACCAGCAUCUAGUUCCAGUAGCAUCCCAAAGAUCUGGGGUGUCCAACUGACAACCUACAGGCCAUAAGCAACCUGCAAGGGACUAAUCUAUUCUCCCUGUUGCUGCUGGCUUAGCAGCCAGUCUCUGGGCUUUCCCUCUGGCUCCCACUUCCUGUGCCUGUCCCAGGGGUGGUGCAACAUGCAGGAGCCUAUGAUGCAGGGAAGCCUGCAGCUGGUGAGUUGAGGGGUGCUGCCCAUGUACAGUGGAACAGUAGCUCAGGUGUGUGGUGUAACAGGAGAGGACUGUCCGACUGGUAGCCCAUAGGCAUGGUUUAGCAGGGUGGGAACCUGCAGGCAAGGGAGGAAGGGGUUGUAUGGAGCGGGGUGGGGGUGGCUGCCUGUGUGCACUGUGUAGCACUGGGUGGGAUGUGGGUCAGAAGGUGCUUUGGUUUGCUCUUUCAGUGUGCAGCCCCCAGGUGCUGAGAAGUUGGGACAGCCCUGCUAUGGAAUAGAAAAGCCUAGUGCAUGGGAAUGGUGGUAUGUAAACCAGUCACUUUUAAUUAUAAGCUGAUAAAUUUUCCCUUUUUGUACUUUAAUAUAUGUAGGGUAGAUGGCUUUAUGCUCUGCUGGCAUGUCUUGAAAAACCUUUAUUGCCUGAAGCCCACUCUCUAAUUCGCCAACUGGCAAGGCGAUGCUCUGAAGUCAGAGUACUAG